CGUAUUUGAGAUUCCGACUUGUGGCACUGCCUCACCUCACUCAAUUUCCAUACACUGACGCCACGGAGGCAGAUAAUUCCCCUCUGGCAAAAUGGAGGGCCCGGCGGACGUGGAAGAAGUGAGCCUCCAAAAGCGGCACCGCUCUCGCAACUUCACCAAGUACGAGAAGGAAGUCUUCUACACCGUGUUCAGUCAGUACGCCAGCAUCAUCAACGAUAAGGCGACUUCGACAGACACCAUCAGGGACGCGUGGGAUCGCCUGGUGGUGGAGUAUAACAGCCAGCACAACGUGUAUCCCCGCACUAGGAGACAGUUACAGGUGCUGUGGCGAGACGAAAAAUUCAGAGCGAAGAAGAAAGUCCGGAAGGAACAGGAGUCAGGAGGUCAAGGGUGCGCGGAGCCUCUCUCGCCCGCAAGCAUAGCGUCGCUGGCUGUAGCGAGUCGAAGCGUGAGCACCGAAGGGCGCCCUCCGCCAGGGAAUCUCCUCACGCCCUUGCUAACAGUCAUUAAGCGCGAGCGAGAGGCGUACGCGGCGGGGGAGACCACCAUCCUGCCCCUGACGCACUACCACCCGGAGGACGACCAAGUCAGCACGGAAUCCCGCACGAAUCCUGACCGAGGGAACGAGGAAGCCAGCGGGAACAGGGCAUUCGUCGCCUCGCACUCCCCCAACUCCUGCGCGACUAACGAAGUCGAAGAUGACCCGAUGAGCCCCCUGCCGGUGGAGACGCAGCUGCACUCUGUCAGCAACUCCCCCGCGGACACCCCGACGCCCGAGGAUGGCCGCUCCUGCUCGCCAGAGGACACCGCCUACUGGGAACCCGACGACAGGAGGAGAGCCAGGAUCAGAGAUGCUUCCCUGCUGGGGUCCGAUUACUCGCCCGAGCCGCUUGCGUCGGAGAAGCGAGCGAGAGAAUAUCAUAGGCUGCGGAUGGCCCAGCUGCGGGACGAGGGUGCGGCUCGGCUGCGGGUGCUGGAGGCGGAGCUGGCGCUGCACAGCCAGGAGCGACACAUGCGCCAGCAGGAGCACCAAAUCCGAAUGGAAAUUCUGAUGGAGAAGCUAAAGAGGGUCAGGGAAGGCGCCCAUGUGAAAGAUUAGAUGCGUAGCUGCAGAGUAGUUCAAUCAGCUGGACACAAAAAUAAA